GUCGGAGGAACGCAUAGACAAAGAGCAAACAACGCCUUCACAGCCAAGCACAGAGAGAUACAGCUGCUACUUCAACGAUGCCUAAAUCAAAGCGCAAUAGGCCCGUGACUUUAUCCAAGACGAAGAAGAAGGGCAGGGAACACAAAGAGAGCAUUGUGAAUUCUAUUAGAGAAUCGGCUGAGAAGUUCAAUUCUGCUUACGUUUUUGGUUUUGAGAACAUGAGGAAUCUCAAAUUUAAAGAGUUGAGAGAGCAGCUUAAAUCUUCUAGCAGAUUUUUCCUUGGAUCAAAUAAGGUAAUGCAGAUAGCACUAGGUCGUUCAGUUGCUGAUGAGAUUAGACCGGGUCUUUACAAGAUUUCUAAGCUAUUGCGUGGAGAUUCAGGGCUUUUGUUUACUAAUUUGCCGAAGGAAGAAGUUGAAAGAUUAUUUAAUCAGUAUGAAGAAUAUGACUUUGCAAGGACUGGGAGUCUUGCAACAGAGAAGGUGGAGCUACAAGAAGGUCCUCUUGAUCAGUUCACACAUGAGAUGGAACCAUUUCUGCGUAAGCAAGGGAUGCCAGUCCGGUUAAACAAGGGUGUUGUGGAGCUAGUAUCAGACUAUGUUGUGUGUGAAGGAGGGCAACCCUUGUCACCAGAGGCUGCUCGUAUACUGCGUCUGCUCGGGAUCAAGAUGGCUACUUUUAAGCUACAAUUAAUAUCCAGGUGGAGCCCCGAACAAUUUGAACUCUAUAGAGAAGGUUUAGAAGAUUCUGAUGUGGAGUCCUCAUAGGAAUUCAAAGAGGAUCUAUAAGUUAAACAUGGUUUCUCUCGAAAGCAAACUCGCAUGUUUAGUUGUUCUCCUCUAUUAGGUAAAUGCAGGGUGGUGCAUUCCUCAGUUUUGGGCAUUGUUUUCUUUUUCAGUUGACAGUUAUGUUUGCACUAUGGAGUGCUAAAUCUCUCUAGACAUGAUGAAAUGUAAUCUUUGUUUGUAUGAUCCCUUACAAGAAUACAUAGUGAUGGCUUGAAUUCUAUUAACCUCUUGUGUUGUUUUGCUUGCAAAUCACUUGCAUGUCUGGUGUUUGGCCUCA